UAAUAAUCCGGAGGGGUACCUUAAAACCCGCCAUCGCACUUUACAUUCGAAUAUUUGUCGUUCUGGUGGCGCAUACAACAUUUCUUCUCUUUGUGUUGUUUUGGUGAAAAUGGUGUACUUCGCCGGUGCUUUGACCCUUUUACUCGCCUUCGUCCACAGCGGUUGGGCUUUGCAAUGUUGGUCCUGCUCCUCGGACUUGGACCCCUCGUGCAUGGACCAUUUCAACGCGACCAAAUUCGCCCAAUUCCGGAACAGCUACCAACAGGUCAACCCCAACUACCAGAACCAGCGCAACGAAAUGCCCAUUUUGAGGCAAUGCGAGAAUAAUCUGGGUCAGAUCUACAACCAAAAGCCAAUGUGCGUCAAGAGGAUUAUAAACGUCCCAUAUGGUAAGAAAAUCAUAACGAGAGAAUGCAAGCCCGUAUCCAUGAACCAGGCUGUGGGAACCUGUCCGGAGAAGAGCAGCAACAUCGAGUUCUGCGAGUAUUGCGAUUACGAUGGGUGCAACCACGCUGCUGGACUCCGUGGUAGUCUCUGGGCUGGGUUGGUGGUACCAGCUGUGUUCCUCUAUUCCCUCCGCAGAUAAUUUUGAAUUUUUUCUUGAUUAGAAUCCGGGUACAAAAGUAUUUUUCAGUGUUUCAGAAUGACCAAAAAACGUAGUCAAGGUCUUGUAUUGAAGUUUAUGUACAUAGCCCUAAGUUUUAACAAUAAAAUAGAUUUGUUUUUUGUAA